AUGGCCACAGUUAGGUCUUUGCUUGCUAUAGCUGCCAUCCAAGGUUGGCAUUUACAUCAGAUGGAUGUAAAAAAUGCCUUCCUUCAUGGAGAAUUACAAGAACAUGUCUAUAUGAAGCUACCACCUGGAUAUCUAGGAGUAGGUCACAGGCUUGAAAUGCAACAAGAUGGAGUGUAUGAGAAAGAUCCUAACAACACUAAGGUGUGCAAGCUGCAGAAGUCAUUGUAUGGGCUUAAACAAGCACCCAGACAAUGGUUCUCUAAACUCAGUAGUGCUUUGAAGCAACAUGGGUUUGUUCAAGCAAAGUCAGACUACUCUCUGUUUAGCAAACGGAAAAUGGGUGCAAUACUCAUCAUCCUAGUCUAUCUGGAUGAUCUUAUCAUUGCUAGCAAUGAUAUGAAUGAAAUUCAUGACAUAAAGAAGUUAUUGAGCUCUCAUUUUCAGAUGAAGGACUUGGGAAUACUAAGGUAUUUCCUAGGAAUUGAGCAGGUUGAUCAAUGCAAACAAGGUAUCUUUCUCUCCCAGAAGAAAUAUGUUCAAGAUCUUCUUCAUGAAUAUGGUAUGAUCAACUGCAAGGCUGUUAGGCUGCCCAUGGACAGUCACACCAAGCUAAGCACAACAGCUGGUGACCCUUUACCUCAAGUUGAACCUUAUCAGAGGCUUGUUGGUAAGCUAAUCUACUUGUCCUUAACUAGACCAGAUGUCACAUUUACUAUCCAUGUUCUCAGUAGGUUCAUGCAUCAACCUACCACAGUUCACAUGCAAGCUGCCAAGAGGGUGCUUAGGUACUUCUCAGGGUCUAUAAGUCAAGGGAUCCUUCUUGCAAACAGCUCUCAGGCUCAUCUUCAAGCAUUCUGUGAUAAUGACUGGGCAGGAUGUGCCAGCACUAGAAGAUCAACAUCUGGAUUUUGCAUCCUUCUUGGCAACUCUCCUAUUUCAUGGAAGUCCAAAAGACAGUCUGUAGUGGCUAGAAGUAGUGCUGAAGCAGAAUAUAGGUCAAUGACUUUGACCAUUUGUGAAGUUAUGUGGCUAAAGCAAUUAUUCAAGGGCCUUGGAGUCACUCAUAUGGACAAGACUCCUCUUUAUUGUGACAAUCAAGCAGCUCUUGCCAUUGCUUCAAAUCCAGUGCAUCAUGAAAAAACCAAGCAUGUAGACAUUGACUGUCAUUUUAUCAGAGACAAAACAAGUGAAGGUGUGAUUGUUCCCUCCUAUGUGCCUAGCAAGCAGCAAGUUGCAGAUGUUUUCACCAAACUUCUCUCAAUUCAGCAGCAUCAGAAGCUCUUAUCCAAGCUGGGAGUUCAGCUUCCUCCUCACUCACAGCUUGAGGGGGAGUGA